UUCGUCUGUCUGAAUUUGCUUUUGUGAAUUACGAGGAACGUGCUAGAUCUGCUUUUCUAGGGAGUCGUAUACAAACAUUUUUAUUCAUAGUAGAAAUCGAAAGAAAAUAUAUCUGAAAACUAGAAAUGAUGAAGCAAGUGUUUAAAUUGUCACUAUUGGUUGGCACAGCCUCUAUGGUAGCGCUGUUAACAGUAUCUUAUGCAAAGACGAUGUCCAGUAUCCCAGGAUUCAACCUUAAACCAGGAGACAGCUUCACUGUCAAGAUCAACAUCACAGACCCUGAAGAAUUCGCCCUAGGUAAAUUAAAGAACUUGGGCGGCCAACAGGACAUCAGCAAUGUAUUCCUGCAGUACAUCAAAAACGAAGGCCUCAUAAACGUAACCGAUUAUGACGACAGAGUUAAGUACAUUGGAAAUGCUUCGCUGGGCCAGGCUUGGUUUCGGUUUGAUAAUGUGGGGGUUAAUGAUACUGGUACUUAUAGUGUGCUGUACAAGAGAGAAAAUAGUGCAGAUUUGUUUACAACCACGUUCAACGUAAAUGUUACUAAAGCGUCAAGAAAUGCCAUUUUUACUAAAGAUUUGAAUGUUCCUGCCACAACUGUCAUAAAAAAUAAAAAGUGCGUAAAGAUCUCCGACAACUAA